ACGCUAGAAGAUGGAAGAUUGGUAGCAAUUAAGAAACUUUCACUAAACAAAUCCCAACAAGGAGAACCAGAGUUUCUAUCAGAGGUCAGACUGAUAACAAGCAUCCAACACAAGAACCUGGUUCGCCUGCUCGGUUGUUGCUCAGAUGGGCCUCAACGGCUACUCGUGUAUGAAUACAUGGAGAACAAGAGUUUGGAUCUCAUAAUAUAUGGGGUAAGCGAUCAAUUCCUCAACUGGAAUACCAGAUUGAAGAUUAUCAGAGGCAUUGCCAAAGGGUUGCAGUAUCUACAUGAGGAUUCCCAUCUAAGAAUUAUUCACCGAGACAUCAAAGCAAGCAACAUUCUUCUUGAUGACAGAUUUCAGCCAAAGAUUGGAGAUUUUGGGUUGGCCAGAUUCUUCCCAGAUGACCAAGCUUACCUAAGCACUACAUUUGCUGGAACUCUAGGCUACACAGCACCAGAAUAUGCAAUUAGGGGAGAACUGUCAGAAAAGGCAGAUGUAUACAGUUUUGGAGUUCUUGUACUUGAAAUCAUCAGUGGCAGAAAAAACACAAAUCUUUCUCUACCAACAGAAAUGCAGUAUCUUCCAGAAUAUGCAUGGAAACUAUAUGAGAGGUCUGCACUAAUCGAGCUUGUGGAUCCAAAGAUGAAGGAUGAUGGAUAUGUGGAGAAGAAUGUAGUACAUGUAAUUCAGGUUGCUUUGUUAUGCCUUCAGCCUCAUGGCGACCUGAGACCUGCAAUGUCUGAGAUUGUUGCCAUGUUAACAUACAAAUUUGAAAUCAUUCAAACACCUUUGAAACCAGCCUUCUUGGAAAGAAGGCCUAAAAGGAACAGAGAUCUCUCGUUGACUAAUCAUGCAGAUACCAUUCCUUCUCCAUUACAGUGAAGGCAACGCCAAUGCCUACUUUGUCAUGGAAAAGAAACUGGCUCUUUGACUACCUAGCCAUUGCAUUUUUUUUAAACAUUGCAGGAGAAUUAAAUUAAUUAUCAUAUAGUUUUAACGUGGUCUUCAUUCUUUAUGUCAACAGGACAUUGGUGUCUCAAUUUUCACAGAACAAUUAUAGUAAGUUAAAUAGAGAUUAUUCUCACCAAAGAGAUUAAUGUAAUUUCACUUUGUUUCUGCUAAUCUGCAUUGUUUACAUGUCAUCGAAGUGUAGUAACAAAAUGCUUACUACAUCGACUUACAUUCCAUCUUGAGAAAGUGCAUUAUUCUAAAUUUUUUUCAUAUCUGAACAACUUAAGCUUUUGAGUUUAAAGACAAUUUGACAUGAUAAUAUCAUAGUAGAAGUUCCAAACUCUAAUUCUUGUAGUAUUAUCUCCCACCAUCAAUUAGAA